AUGCGUAUUGCGUUCAAUGUUACAUGUCACACGUGCCUACUUUGCGUUGCCAUCGUGACGAAUGUGACAACGGGAACGUUGGGCAUAGUGUCUUUCGAAUUCCGUCUUGCGCUAGGAAGCGUAAGAGAGCGGCUUGCAGCUGAAUAUCAUGGCUUCGAUGUCUAUUUGUAUUGUGCUGGUUCUGGUCCUAUUGCUUCUGUUUUCUUUCUCUUAGGAGAAGAAUUUUGCCUUGUUUGGGAGUAUUAUUUCUCUGGUUGCCGUGUUGCGGAACUGGAGCAGGAAAACGCGAGGCUGCUUGCCCUUACUCAAUCUGCCACUCCGACGUCCCCGCAAGAUGACGAGAUGCAGUCUGAAGUCGAACGGUUGCGCAAGCAGCUUGCGGAGAUACAAGAGCGAGAGAGAGCGCUCGCUGAAGAGCUAUCGCGGAAAGCCUCUGAGCGGUCGCCGUCGCCGGCACCGUCCUCCACUUCUUCAGUGAAGUCGGAGGCGGUCGAACCGUCAUUCCUUCGCUCGCCAAAGGUAGAAAAAUCGAGUGCGAGCUUCGGUUUGAUGGUUCUUUUGUGUGCUCUACCGACGUUGCUCUCUAUGCCUUCGCACUCGCAUUCCAAUCUUCCGAGCACUUUCUCACUCCCGCCCUCGCACGGUCACAGCUCGUCUCUUUCCACCGCCCUCGACAUGCCUGGCUCAUUCCUGCCCUCUUCCGACUUUGACUGGUCACUCGACCCUGUCAACUCCGGCCUUGACUUUGACUUUGACUUCGACUCCAAUUUGGACGACCGCGCGCGCCUCGCUUCUGCGGCAGCGAUAGCGAGCAAGCGGCUUGAGUUUGUUGGCUCGGAGGGCGCAGGCGAGGACACCCUCAGUCUGGGCGAUCUCGGUGCACUGGAUAUCAGCUUUGACGCGUCCCCUGCGGAGAACGGCAAAAUUCGUGUGCGAAUACACCCUCCCUCGUCGCCAUCACAACCAACAAGCGCAGCAAGCAGCCCCCCGGCAUCCCAGUCGCAUACGGACGAAGAUCAUCCUAUGUCCGUUUGGAGUGAGCCACCCACGGUUGUAAGCACCGCAGCGACAAGUACAGCCACGAGCUCGCCGUCGCUCGCCUUACCUUUUGAGUCUGCUGCCGACUUGCUCGGCCCGUUCCUCGGGUCAGGUCCAGAUCUCGGCCAUAUGGCACUCGAUCGGGAAGACGACCUGCUAUCGCAAGCGAGUUCUGGUGGCUUCGAUUUCGAUUGGGACUCGCUCUCGCGUGCAGGAUCGCCCGCAGCGAGCGGCCGGAGGCGGGUGCGCAUCGCGCUGAGGAGUGUGCCUAGCAAAGGGCGUGAAGGUGGGGAGUGGGAGGUCGAGGUGUGUUGA